AUGAACGACGAUGACCAAUUCGAGCAAUUUCUUCUGCCAGUCGAAGGCGGAAAAGUGGAAAAUGAUGAAAUGAUCAGCGGUGGAGUGCUUCCUGUCGAUUCGCCGACUAGACGAUUAGGGACGAUUCUCAACGUGCAAAAUCCGAAAAUUCCUGAAUCGCCCGACAUGAAGUUUGCGAGGAAGCGACUAGGAAAUUUGCUCACAAAUAUCAAGCAUCUACCAAGCGAUGCGGCGAAUCAAAUCAACGACGAGAGUUUAAUGGAUGAGCCGGAGAAACGGCCGCCGGGUCGUCCGAGGAAAAUAAUGCGAACAGAAGAUCCCAGCGAUUAUGGAAAUGCCUAUGACAAUAAAACCGCGAAUAAUCAAUAUAUUUGCUUUGAGUUGCGCGGAAAGCCGUUUGGAAUGCUCGACGGACGAAUGGACUCGGAAUAUCAGUUGGCAAGGGCGUGGAUGCGCGGAAAAUUGAAUCCGGAAGAGCCGAUGAGCAAUUCGAAGCGACAAGAAUUUGCGCCAAACUUGCCCGUGGAAUAUUUGGCGUGUCGUGAAAUAACCGCGAUGCCAAAACCGAUGGCCACACCGAACGACGAUCUACCAAUUGUUCCACUGGAGAAAGAUGAGUUUGACAAAACGGUGAACCCGCUCGAUAAGCAGGCAAUAAUUGCCGAGUACACGAGGCACUGGAAAGCGGUGAAGAAGGGAUGGAUCACGCAUCAGAGAAAGCGCGAGGCCAAAUAUUCAAGGAGUGUUGAAUUGCUCACUAAAAUUUACAAUCCUCAAGUGAUUUACUAA